GAUCAAUUUCCAUACAACGCUGGCGGAUAUAAGAUUGAAAUCGAAUUUGGUAAGGAGUAUCCGUUCAAGGCACCGAAAAUCAGGUUCAUCACGAAAAUUUAUCAUCCGAAUAUAAAUGAAAGAGGCGAGGUACUGCUUCAUAACAUUCAUUUAUUGUUGAGGGCCCUUUCAAUUUCAAUGCCAAUGAUCAGUGCCGAAAACUGGAAGCCCUCACUGAAAGUAGAUCAAGUAUUGAACGCUCUUGCGGAUUUACUUGGUUCACCACAACUCGAUUGUGCACUACGUGCUGAUCUUGCCGAGCUGUACGUCAAGGAUGCGAAAUCGUUCGAUCAAAAUGCACUGGAAUUCUGCAGAUUAUAUUCAGCCAAGCGAACACCUGCAUAA